GCAAGGGAAAAGGAUUAGCCAUGUUGUCUUUGAUCAGAAAGGUGAUCAGCACCGUGAAAGCCCCAGCGGCCAUUGGUCCCUACAGUCAGGCUGUGUUAGUCGACAGGACCAUUUACAUUUCAGGACAGCUAGGCACGGAUCCUGCAAGUGGACAGCUUGUGCCAGGAGGGGUGGCAGAAGAGGCUAAACAAGCUCUUACAAACAUGGGUGAAAUUCUGAAAGCAGCAGGCAGUGACUUCACGAAUGCGGUAAAAACGACUGUUUUGCUGGCUGACAUAAACAACUUCAAUACUGUCAAUGACAUCUACAAGCAGUAUUUCCAGAGUAGUUUUCCUACAAGAGCUGCUUACCAGGUAGCUGCUUUUACCAAAGGAGGCCGUGUUGAGAUUGAAGCAGUAGCUGUCCAAGGACCUCUCGUGACAGCAUCGCUCUAA